GAGGAAAAAUGGGAAAAGCCUGGUAUCAACAGAAGUUCUUCAAAUACGGAGCUCCAUUUAUAAUCUUGGUUACUGGAGGGUCCUUCGCCUUGCGAGAGUUCACAUCGUUGAGGUAUCAAUUCGCGAAGAACACGCAAAUAACUCCGGAAGAGAUGAAGAAGCAUGGAAUAGAGAUGAAGAAACCCGGAGAAGUGACUCUGGAGAGUGAGUAUGAGAAGAUAAAGAAAUUGGACAUUGACAAUUGGGAGAACAAGAGAGGUCCUCGGCCAUGGGAACAGAAUAUUCCUCAACGUCCCCAACAGAAGUCCUGAACUCGAGCUCCAAGCAUUUUUGCACUAUCUUUAUUUUUGCUCUAAAUUACAGGCUAGGUUCCAGAUACAAUUCAUUGUAAAUUACAUAGAGAUAUUUAGGAAUAAAAUAAAUGAAGAUAAAAUAUUUGUAACUUUUUGCUCUUAAAGUAAUAAUGUUAGUGACAAAUGUAAUAUGCAUAUUUUUUCCUAAAAAGACGGAGAAAAUAGGUUGAUUUUAGUGAUCAGGAAAACUUUUGUGGUCACCAUAUAGAACUUCUAAAUAUCCUUAACAUCUAAAAUCUAAAAUUCACUUCUAAUUA